CAUUCGAGGGGGAGUGUAGAGAGAGAAACAGAUGUGGUUUCUAGAGAGAGAAAUCGAGUAGUUCGGAUCCAGGAAGAGAACGCGCGCUCCUCCUUCUCUCGUACUCUCAAACCCUAAACAUUUUUCCUUAUUUUUUUCUCCUUCUUUUUUUUGAAAAAAAAAAUAGAGUUUCUGUAUUAUUGUUAUUAUUAUUUUUAUUUCAGAUCUUUAGAUUUUCUUCUUCGUUUUGGGGGGAUUUUCUUUCGUUUUAAAUCUGUAUGGAUCUGUUUAUAUGUGUGAAGUUUCACUCUUCCUAAGUUAAUUGAGCUAGGGUUUUCAUUUUAUUUUGUCAGUCGUGAUUAUCGGUACCCUGACUUGGGAUGGAUGUUGUCUAAUUCUAGGGUUUUUGAAGUUUGGAAUGUCUAGGGUUCUGUGGGGUUGAUUUGGAGAAAUUAGGGUUUUAAUCCCGAUUGGUGAUUACAUGUAUGGCUUCUGGGGCUAUAGGGGAUUCUAGCAAUGAGUUGAAUUGGAGAGGGAGGUGUCGAUGGACUGAAAAUAGCAAAGUUUAUACGCGAAAACUCCACAAGAAAGUCCAAAAUACUAGCAAUAAUACCGAUACUGCCCUCUCCUCCACCGUUGCCUCCGCCGCCACCACCGAGGUUUCCACCGCCCCCACCUCCAAGGACCCCAAUGACUCCGCCUCUGCAUCCCCUCCGCCCACCACUCCUGCGAGUCAUUCUGUGACAACUGCUUCCCCCAGGAAUGCAGGGGAUAAUGCUGCGCAAGAGUCUCAGGAAGCCAUAGUGACCAAGGAUGCGGUCUCUUUUCAGCAAAGGGUGCCAGAGCAAUCACCAACACUAGAACGGAGUCCUUCACAUAGUUCAGCAAACAAAAAUGUUGAUUACUCCCUCCAGCAGCCACAGCUGGGAGACCAUCAAGAGCAUAUGCCCUCACUUUCAGAGGAUAAUUAUUCUGCUGAGCAUGGAGUGCAAGAAGGCAGUGGCAGUCAAAAUGUUGAGCUGCACAAUCAUGAAGAUUUGCUGCCGCCUCGGAGCAGUGAGACCCUGAAUUUGAAGAGACCAUCCCCCCUUCCAGGUCCAAAUGAGACACUGCAGGCAGGUGGUGAUGGUCCACAGUGUUUGAGGGAGUCGUCACCUUUGAUCAGUGAGAAUGUUCUGCCAAAUGUCAGAGAAGUUGCAGCACCGCACUUUCCUGUUGGGGAAGUGUUGCAAAAUGAUGAAGAAAUGAUGCCAUCGCCACCUCAAGUACCCAGUGGCAAUGGGCCAGCAAUUGUCAAUGGAGUUAACGAGCCCCUGGUCUUUUCUAAGGUUGAUGAUAAGGUCAAAUUUAAGUUAGCUAAAGCAACACUGAAGGAUGAGGUUAAGGAGCUUAGGAACAAACUGGAGUGCGAGCUUGAUCAGGUUAGGAGGUUAGCUAAACAGCUCGAAGCCAAGGAGCUUCAGCUUGCUUCUUUUAAUACUCAGAUUAGCAAUAGUAAUCUUAGUAAUACUAGUAAUUAUAUUGGUGUUGAGUCUGUUGACGGUGGUGAUAUUGGUGGGCAUAGCUAUCCUCAGCCUGAGCAUUCCCGAAAUGACCUUGUAGACAGGAGAGUUUUGUUGAGACUUAGCUCGGAGGGUGGUGUGACGGGGCACCCCGAAGUUAGAUCUAUGGGAUUGGCGAGAGUAAACUCUGAUGUGGGUACAACACGAAAUCUAGAACCGAGGCCAUAUAGUAGGCAGCUCAGUGUUGCAGUAAUGGAAAACAAUCGCAGGGCUGGAGAAUUUGUUGAGAAGGAGAAACGAACUCCAAAGGCGAAUCAGUAUUACCGAAAUUCAGAGUUCCUGCUGGGGAAGGACAGACUGCCUUCUGAAAGCAUCAAGCGGUUGAAGACAAAUAAUGGGAGGAAACAUAGUGGAGAAACAGAACAUGCCUUUCGGUUGGGUUUUGGGUUUGAGAAGAGCCGGAAUCAGGUGUUUAAGAGCUGUAGCAGCUUACUGCAGAGGUUGAUGAAGCACAAGCAUGGUUGGGUGUUUAAUGAGCCAGUGGACGCCAAGGCCCUGGGGUUGGUUGAUUACCAUGAUAUCAUUAAGCACCCCAUGGAUUUGGGCACAAUUAAGACUAGACUAUCACAAAAUUGGUACAAGUCACCGAGGGAGUUUGCAGAGGAUGUAAGACUUGUUUUUCGAAAUGCCAUGACUUAUAAUCCUAAAGGGCAGGAUGUCCACAUUAUGGCUGAACAAUUAUCACAGAUUUUUGAAGAGAGGUGGGCUAUUAUAGAGACCGAGUAUAAUCCUUAUUGGAAGUACCAAAUGUAUCAGGAUGCAGGUUUGCCCACUCCCACUUCCAGAAAGGGUCUCCCUCAGUCUCAUUUUGCCCCUGCUUCUGUCCCAGCCUUAGCUCCUGCUCCUGUUCGUGGAUCGGCCCCUGCUGCAGUGCAAGACCGUGCUCAUGCGCCCACUUCUACUGCUCCUAUUCAUCUGCAUGCUCCUGCUGCUCUCCAGAUGAGGACAUCGGAUAGGCCAGAAACAUUGACAACACCUAUGGCUGUUGAUCCCAAAAUUCAACGAACUCAUGUUGGCAGGACACCCCUUCCAAAGAAACCAAAAGCGAAGGAUCCCAAUAAAAGGGACAUGACUUAUGAGGAGAAGCAAAGACUUAGCACAAAUCUUCAGAGCUUGCCUUCUGAAAAACUUGAUGCUAUUGUUCAGAUCAUUAAGAAGAGGAAUACCGCGCUUUCUCAACAUGAUGAUGAGAUCGAGGUGGACAUUGACAAUGUUGAUGCAGAAACGCUCUGGGAACUUGAUCGUUUUGUGACUAAUUACAAAAAGAGCUUAAGCAAGAACAAAAGAAAAGCUGAACUCGCGCUUCAAGCUAGAUUGGUAGCUAAUCAGACAGCUGCUCCAACGAACAAAAUGACAGCAGUAGCUGAUGUCCGCAGUGAAGGUGGAACAGUUCUCGAGGAAAGCACGGCACCUCCUGCUGUUGAAGGUGAAAACAAGGGGUAUACUAGAAGUAGGUCCAGCAGUUCAAGCAGUUCCAGCAGUGAUUCGGGAUCUUCAUCAAGUGAUUCCGAUAGCGAUAGUUCCUCUGGAGAUGGAUCAGAUGCGGGGCAUUCACCUGGGACAUGAAUUAUAUUAAGGACAAAAGGCCAUGACGCACCGAGGUGUUCUUGAUGAAUAUUUUGAUACUGAUUCUGCCUGCAAAUGCCUGUACAUGGACCUUUCAGAGAUGUUGCAUGGUCAGAUGCGAAAUGCAAGGCCUCUUCAAUCUUUUAGGUGUACAACUCAGGACUCUCAUUCUUACCAUCAUUUGAACGUGUAGUAUUUAAGGAGGUUUCUGUUAUUAGAAAAAAUGUAUUUUUGAUUGGUUAUGAUGGUGAUGGGGGAAUGUAGUUGCUGUAAAUUUUCAUGAUUGCUACCGAUUUCUAGUUAUAAAAGCUUUCGUUAGGAUAUUUUUAAACUUUAUUUGACUAGUGAAUGUAGGUAUUCAGUUCAUUGGGGCCGAGAUUGAAUGGGCAAGCAUACUUGACUAA